AUGGGCGAGGGCGAGGAGUUUAUUGAGCUUAGAUUCCGGUUGUAUGACGGGAAAGAUAUAGCACACGGUACUUACAAGUCGACUAUGACUGUUUCAACUCUUAAGCAAAAGAUCGUUGCGGACUGGCCCCAAGGCAAUACGGUCACACCAAAAUCAAUAAACGAUUUGAAACUCAUACAUUCUGGUAAAGUUCUGGAAAACAACCAAACCCUGGCUGAAUGCACCAUAACAAUGGGUGACCACCCCGAUGAUGUUGUCACCAUGCACGUGCUAGUGCAGCCUUCUAAAUCAAAACGCAGGACAGUAAAGAGCAAAAAGGACAUGCAGAAGCUGAACCGAUGCGGGUGCAUUAUUCUUUGAUCCACAAAAAUGCUCCUUAGGAUUCAACUCGAUAGUGGAAAAAGAUAUAGCUCUUCACAGCUAUAC